AUGACCGUCACGAACCCAAUGACAACCGCCGCCGUCACCGUCGUGACCGGAUGUAACAAAGGCAUGGGUCUUGAAAUCGUCAAGCAGCUCCUGGAUCGCAAGGAGGAAAUUGGAAAGGUUUUUGGCCUUUGUCGCCGUUCUAGCCCUGCUCUAGACACCCUUGCAAGCAACAGCGACGGAAAGUUGGUUGUGCUAGAUAACAUUGACGUUUCCAAUGAUGCCGUGGUCAAGCAGCUCCAGGACUACUUUGGUCAGCAGCCCAUUGAUGUAGUCAUCCAUAACGCCGGUGCUUCGGGGCUACCCAAAAAGUUUGCUGACGAUGGAGAAUUUUUUGCGUCACAGUCAUUGGCCAACAUCACCAUGGAAAACAUGCGAUUUACGUUUGAACUCAACACUCUGGGUCCGUUGAGAGUCACGCAAGCGCUGUUGCCCAACCUGAAGAACGCAGCAGCAUCCAACCGCGGUCAUCUAACCAAGGUAAUCAUUAUUAGUUCAUCGGGCGGGUCCAUUGCAAGUGUAGAGUCCGGAGGCCUCUAUAGCUACAGGACUUCAAAGGCUGCAGUCAACAUGGUUGGAAAGAACAUCGCGGAAGAUUUGAAACCCGACGGAAUUGCUCUCGGGUUGAUCCACCCCGGAACUGUCGAUACCGGUAUGCUCAAGACGCGAACUUCGUUUCAUCGAGACGUCGAUGUAUCAGUCAAGGGAGUCCUAAAAGCUGCUGACCUUGUUACGCUCGAAAACACGGGCUCCUUUGUGGAUGCAAACUACGGUGAAGGUGUCAAGCCAUUGCCGUGGUAG